CAUUGGAUCAUUAACAUUAGUCGAAGCUUGGCAAUUCCCAAACAUGAUCCACUGGCGACUACUUUGCGCCCUGUUUGUGGGUCUGGCUAUAGCUUUACCGUUUCCAGUCGGCGGAGAGCUCCCGACCAAGUCGGCAGUCCAGUCGAACCAUCGCUUUGGCCUACGUCUAACCACUAAACUGGGAUUGAGCCAGCCAGAUGCAAAUGUGGUCGUUUCCCCCUUGCUGGUACAGGCGGCACUAAGUCUACUCUAUGCGAGAAGUUCCCCGGAUUCCGGAAGGGAGCUCCGCCAGGCCUUGGAGCUAACCCAUGCAAUCAGCCCCAAGGAAGCGGUUCAGGACAUCCAGAGUCUUUUAACGGAUCUUAAACAAUUGGCAGCUGUGGGAUGUCGCUUGAGAUUGCUCAGCGACUUUUACGCACAGCAACGAUUCACCUUCAACUUUCUCGAUGAAUUCGAGGUAUUGGCCUCCCGAAUGGGAGUUGGCUGCCACCGUUUGUCCUGGGAAAGUGCAUCGAAUGCCGCUCAGGACAUCAACUACUCAUUUCUCAGCCGCAGCAACUACAGCCUGGGGGAACUUGUUAGCUCCUCGCAACUGGAGUCCUUGGCCGAGCACAACACGCCUUUUCUACACGUCUCGGGGCUAACCUUCCGAGCACCUUGGGCACAGGCCUUCGACCCAGCUGAGACGACGAGCAUCAACUUCUUCGCCGGAGGAAAUAGACCCAGGUUGGUAGAUGCCAUGUUUGGCCAGCACCGCUACAGAUAUGCCGAGAUGCCCGCUCUGGACGCCCAACUCAUAGAGGUGCCCUUCGCCACCGCGGGUCUGAAAAUGCUCAUUGUGUUUCCAAAUCGGGCGGAUGGCCUAGCCCAUCUGGAGAAGAAGCUGGCACAGUCCGAUCUCCAGCAGCUACGGGGAGAGCUCCAGGAGCGCAAGGUGGCCCUCACCCUGCCCAAGUUAAGAGUUCUGGUCCACUCUGCACUGAAACCAACACUCGAAGAGUUGGGAUUGGCGAAACUGUUCACAUCGCAGAUCCAGCUGAGCGAGGUCUUCAGCUCCUUGCUGACUAGUUCAGCUCCUCCUUUGGGAGCGGUGGAGCAGAGCGGUCUUCUGGAGCUGCAGGAGGAAGGCGGCGAUGCCGGCGAUUCGUUUUCCUUCGGGGAUCUAUUCCGACGAGCCGUGCCCCUGGUCAUCAAUCACCCGUUCUUCUACGCCAUCGGCAAUGACAAAACCCUGCUGCUGGCCGGCCACAUCGUCGACAUCUGAGUCUCUCCCAUGCUUUUACCUAAUAUUCGAUUCCAAUGCUAGCUCUAACUAAGGUUAUCGCCUUAUCAGCCAAGCUCAAAUCUCUGGCAAAUAAACAGAAUCACCCGUGGCAAGCCAAAGGUGACAAAUGGUUUGUAAACACA